AUGAGGGACUUCACGGUGCACCUGUUUAAUGUCACCGUCAACGAGGGGCACUGUAUCAGUCAAUGGGGAAAGACUUUCGCCCCAAAUAUGUAUAGUCAGCUUGGAAGACUUCACUGGCUCCUUCCAUCGCAUGUACCAUUUCAUAUCAUUUCAGCAACCCUACCAGCACACAUCCUGAAAGACGUCAUGGUAUCCCUGAAUAUGUGGGACAAGAACACCUGCAUGAUCCAACUUUUGAAUGACCGACAGAACAUACAGGUUGCUGUUGUUGAGAUGCUCCAUUCAGCAAAUAGCUUCCACGACAUCAACCGUAUCCUUCACUUACGCAAGGAAUACAUCCCCCAAAGUUCAUGA